AAUUGUGGUCAGAGUGAGAGCUCUGUCGUUGAGCGCUGGACAAAAAAAACCAACAUGUCUGCCUUUACAAAGUCGUUCGCUCUGGCUUGCAGAAGAAUAUAUUCCAAGAAUAUAAGACAACAUUCAUCUGUGACAGCUGAGCUGAUGGAAAACAUGGACAAGAAGUCGGCGUGGGACCGCUUCUACUCCGAGACCAGCAGCGGGGUCCCCCACUUUAAAAACUUCGAGUGGUUCUUCGGUUUCGAGGCGGUGCAGGGCUUCGUCAUGCCCCUCCUGCGGGCGCCGUCCCUUCCCCACCCUCCUCUCCGGGUCCUGGAUAUGGGGUGCGGCACAUCCGCUUUAGGCCCCUGCGUCUACAGGGACUCCGCUGUGCCGGUCCGAGUCACUUGUGCCGACAUCUCCCCCGUGGCUGUGCGGCUGAUGCGCGACCACCUUCAGGACACAGCCAUCCAGCCACGCAACGCCUCCUCUCGGAUUGAGUUUUUAGAACUGGACUGCACACAGCUCCACAGGCACUACGGUUCCAGCAGCCUGGAUCUGAUCGUGGACAAGGGCACCACGGAUGCCCUGUUGAGGUCCAAGGAGGGGACGGAGAAGGCCGCCUCGGCGCUGAGACAGUCGCUGAGGGCGCUGCGGCGCUCGGGAUCCCUGCUCCAGUUCUCAGACGAGGAUCCUGACGCCAGACUUGUGUGGUUAGAGACGGCCGCCCUGGAUGAGGGGCUGGCGGGGGCAGACGUCGGGGUGCAGGAGGUCGGGGUGUUGAGGGGUGUGUGUUACUACUGCUACCAAGUGACUCCUCGUCAUGAGGUGAACACAUGAUUUUACCACUCGGGAGUGUAUAAACGAGUAAUUUGUUAAAUAAAUCUGUGGGCGGGGCAUA